UCUCCCGUUGCGACACCCUCGGCUCUAACCGCUCCGCGUCAGAGGUGCGGUGGCUGACGGAGUGUUUUUCCACAUUCGCAGUCUGCAAGGCACAGGGACGACGAGCGAAAACUUUCGCGAUCCAGAUCCGCGACGAUGAACAACGUAAACAUGGGUGGCAUGAAUGCCAUGGGCGGUCCCGUUGGGGGUGGGAUACCCAUGGGUAUGAAUAAUGGCGCUGCUGGAGUCCGACCACCGAUGAUUGGGAACGACAACCAACGCAUGCAGCUCAACACUUAUAUCUACGAGUACUUCUUACGGAAUGAGAUGUACGACUGUGCCAGGUCGCUGCUCAACAGUGAAGGGAUCAGUCUAAACCUCAUCAAGGACAGUCCAGGACGUCGCCGCGAAAACGGGGCUGGUGAUGAAGGUGGAGACGGCGAAUCCAAAGAUGAUGCUGAUUCCAAACGACCUUCUGAUCUCCCCGAGCCUUCCGUGCCAAAGGACUGUCCUGAAAGCUGUUUCUUAUAUGAGUGGUGGUGUCUAUUUUGGGAUAUGUUCAAUGCGCAACGUGGAAAAGGAGAAGGCCGCAACGUCCUUCAAUAUGUCCACCACACACAGUCCCAGUCGAGGAUGAGGCAAGAACAGCAACAACAAAUGCUUAGAGGUAUACAGCGUGGCAAUAUGAUGCCUGGACAAUAUGAGCAGAUGAUGAUGGGCCAAGGACGACAGACGAAUGGCUUGCCUAUAAAUCCCAACGAGCUACGUCAAAAAGCUAUUCAGAACAAUAGAAACACGACCCCGCAGCAACAAUUGAUGAUGGCGCAGCAGCAGCAAAAGCAGCAAGCCAUGCAACGCGAUCCUUCCGAUGGUAACAAUCAGCAACGACCUCAAUCUCCUGGUUCAGCAGAAAAUGCCCCGUCCCCUUCGAAACGACCUCGUCUUGAUGGAACACCUUCUUUCAACCCUCAACAAAUACCAAAUGGGAGAGGACAAGUUGCAGGAAUGCCGCAACAGGUGGGAGAUACUGGCCCCAGCAAUGCUCUUCAAGCUGCUCAUAUGCAGCUUACAAAUGGCAUCGAACAAAACAAUCUGACAGCUCAGCAGUUCCAGAACCUCCCGGGCGGACCGAACGCAAGCGCCCAACAAGCAAGAUUAGCAGGCUAUCAAGCCAACAUGGUUCAGCAACAAGCUCAACAAGCUGGUGCAAUGGGCGCUGUUAAACCCAUGCCGAAUCAAGGCGGACCUCAGAACCAAGGUUCACCCAUGAUGACGCAGGGUCAAGAUGGCGGAGCGAUCGCCAACUACUACAACCCGGGUGAAAUGGGACCAAAUGGAAUCCGGGGUGCGCCAGGUGGUCAGCCAGGCGGCUCUGGAGGCAAUCACGCUCUUCAAGAUUACCAGAUGCAAUUGAUGCUCUUGGAGCAGCAAAAUAAAAAGAGGCUCAUGAUGGCACGUCAAGAGCAAGACAAUAUGAUGCCACGUCCUGACGGUCAAGGCGGUCCUGGAGCUCCAGGAGCUAACGGACAAGCCUUCCAGGGUAGCUCACCUCAAGGCGGGCCUCGCAAUUCUCCCAACCCUGGUGACCAGAUGAAGAGAGGCACACCACACAUGAACAAUGCUGGUAUGCCAUCGCCGCUUCCCGAAGGACAGUCUCGAGGUUCUCCAAGCAAUGGUAUGAACUUCAAUUUGCCCGGUGGCCCAAUGGAUCCAACCAUGAAUCCUCAAUACUUCAACAAGAUGAAUGGCAUGGAUCCAAACAUGGUUGCUGGUAUGGGCCCUAACGGCAUGCGUCCUCCAAGCUCUCAUCCGGGUGGUGCCUUCAACCAAAUGACACCUCAGCAAAUGAUGGCCCGUCAGCAGCAACAAGCACAGCAACAAGCUGUUCAGAACCAGUGGCAAACUGGUCCUAAUGGACAAAUGAUUCCACAACCUGGUGCUCAAGGACCGCCACAACAAAAUAUGGGCACUCCACAACAACGCAACAUGCCACCACCAUCAGUCCCAGCUGGUGGUGCAGCUGCUAAUGGUCGUGCAACCUCGUCCCCCCAGCAGAACGCUGCUCCUCCGACCCCCUCGCAAGUGAACAAAGCAAAUCCCAAGAAGAAGGCUGCAACAGAAUCAAAGGAUUCAAAAGCAAAGCGGGCUGCAAAGAAGGGAUCAAAUGCAAACCUCAACGCUGGUGCUACGCCAUCCGCCGAUGCCGAUGCCGCCGCAGCGGCCACGCCUACACCUGCGACACCGAUCACCCCCCAACAUCCGAGCAGCUUCAAAGGCCAAAAUGGCGCCGCCCAGCCUGCAACGAACGCCCAACCUCCCGCUCCUAGCGCAAAUACUACAGUCUUGCAGCAAGACCCUGUCAGCUUCAUGGACACUAACGCUUUCGAUGCUUUUGGAGGUAAUGUUAGUAUGGAUUUUGCAAAUCUUGGCAAUGGCAACUCGGACGUCCUGCAGGACUUCGAUUUCGAUUCGUUCUUGCACCAAGACGAGGGCGUCGGAGAUGGUAGUUUCAAUUUCGACGGCUUCCAAGGUCUAGACGGAGGCGAGAUCGGUGCCGAUUGAUCGUCGAGGCAUGUCAAGAGUCAACAAUUUCCCGGCGUUUUCGAGCAUACCUUCCGGCGUUAAGCGGAUCAUACCAUCUCGGUCCCGGCGUGUUCCAUGUCCAUGCGAAAAGAGUCCCGGUUCAAUGAUUAGAGAGAAGAGAGAGCAAAGUUCCAGGUGCCUGAAAAUUUCAUAUUUCUACAUAUACAUUCGUCGUUUCCGUGCGAUAGGAUAUGGGACGGUCAUGCUUCUUUUGUUUUAUGUUUAUGCUUGGAC